UAUUUGUGUUAGCAAACAUAAGAAAAUAGGAGCAAGGGCGCGAUGGCGGAGGCUGCAAGCGUACGCCAGAAUCUACAAAAUGUCCCAUCGAUAUUUGAAAUAUCGGCGGCUGAGACGCUGGACAACCUUAUUUAUCCGGCACUGAGCAAAAUCUUUGAUUAUUUUGGACUGAGAUUGGACUUUAAGCUUUGGGGCAGUCUACGUGUUCGGGAGGAAUUCUCACCGCUCAUAACAUGGAUUCUCCAGUAUUUAUAUCUGCGCAAGCGGGCAUCUUCUUUCGGUGAAAGUUUCUAUGGACUACAGCGCACAGCGACCGCAACUGGGGAGCUUUUAACGCGCCAACAGCAAUUCACUUCGGCCACCCUGCUAACCAUCCUCCCCUAUGUUGAGCGCAAGCUGAGAUCGAGGAGUGCUCGGCACGAGGGCACCUACGCCUGGGAGUCGCAUCUGAUUAGUCUGUUUCAUGCCUACAAUGCCUCCAAGGCGGUACACACAUUCCUCUACCUCAUAAAAUAUGCAUCGAGCCAUUCUCCCCUGUUUCGUGCCCUGCGGCUCACUCUCCGCUAUCCCAGUGAGCCGCCCAUGGAGGAUAAAUGGACUUACGUAUUCCUAAAGGGGCUCGAGGUGCUCGCCUUCUUCCUGCAGUUCAUACAGUGGUGGUAUUCGAAUGAUCAGCGCAGGAAAAUGGGCGGUACUCUCCAAAAUCCUGAGCCCAUGCAGCAUCCUGAGCUGCCACAUGAACUGAAGGAUACACUGCCAAAGAACGGGGAAUGCCCAGUUUGUCUGCUCAAGCUACAAACGCCGACAGCCUGUGCUGUUUCCGGAUACGUUUACUGUUGGAAAUGCAUUGUGACACAUCUAAAGGAGAAAGGCACGUGUCCUGUGACCAGCUAUCCCAUUACCAUUGAUGACCUGGUGCGAAUUUAUGAAUCAUAGGUUUUAUUAUAAAUACUACCACUGUAUUCCACUGUUUGUAUUUGUUUAUAGUUUGUAAUAAAGCAUUU